AUGGUGGCUGCUUAUGUAUCAUGCGAUAGAGUACUAUCCACGCAAUAUAAGAAAUAUGCGACAGCCUUGUCUAAGCCAUUCACGCUAAGUCAUCACAGACACUGGGGCUUUAAAGGGGAACCGGCACGGCGCAUUCCCGUUAUCAUGAGACUAGUUUGCUGGAUUUAUUCUUUCAGGUACAAGCACGGGAACACAGAGAAGCGAGAUAUGUCUGCGGAUGGGACCGACUUUCUACUUUUCUUCCUCGAAGGUCAAUUUAGAAACCAGGGAUUCUACGACCCUAUCCUCUACCGAGACUGGCCCAGCGCAACCAAUGACGAUAGUGACGUAUUAUUACCCCGACACUUCGGCCCUAGGUAUUUAUACUUCGUUACAGAGGGCCAUGAACGGAGCGGCGCCGAGUUCAAGGCCUGCAAGCACGCGUAUAAUGGUUUUAUAUUUCUUUCGUAUACACGGCAUCAGUUCUGCGUAGAUUCCGAAGAAGAGAUCUACGAUCCGACUAGGUGGACGGGCCUUUCCGAAGAGCAAAGAGAAGACCUCGCCGCCCAUUUAGCGAAUAGGGUGGCUUUCUGGUUAGGGGCUACUGGAGAGAAUAGAGCUAACGGUAAGAGCGACGAUGUGUACCGAAUUUGUGACAUUAUCCGAGCGGCACAUUCGAUGAUUAUUCUCGUCGGACUCUCCCUCGGAAGUAACAUUCAAGGCACACUAGAGACAUACAGUGAGGCCAUCACGAUAAAGUGGCUACAGGCAUAUGGGGAUCGUCUUUGGACCCUCCCGGAAAUUUUACUAUGUCCAUCUAAGUUCCGAAUCAAGUUGUACUUCUACAGCAAACCUGGACUACCCGAAGGGUUAGCCAAACGCGACUUUCCAUCCCGGGCCGUGUGGAAAGACGCCGAUCGUGUAAGGGAGCUUGUUGACCAUUUCGAAUCAACAAUUCACUUGUCCCCUUUAGAAUUAGUUAGCAUCGGUCUGGAAUGUCUAGCGGAACGGAAUACACAGAAGUUUAGGGAGGGUGAUAUCGCAUAUGCUCUCAUGGGGCUUCUGCGCCGAAGACCAAUAACUAACGACAAAGAUUCCAGCUUUGAGGCAUUCGCCAGGUUAUCCCUAGCUAACGUCAAUGAUGAACUACUGGAACGACUCAUAUGCAUGCAGCCACUUCGUCAAAAUGCUCCCUGGUACCAGAUUGAAGAUGCUUUUGGAGUACAAUUCUGGGAUAUCGAACCGCGGUGCCAAGUAGCCGGUAUUGUCGACGAUCAGUCUGUUACACUAGAUGGCGCGAUUGGAGCCUCGAUUCAGUGGGAUCAUAUAGAUCAGGUUAAUUUCUUCAAAAGACCGGCGACCGCUCAUACCUUGGCGAAGGUAGCGCUUCACGCAAUGCCAGCCUACCUGUUUGUCGGUAUCCUGAUGUUAGCAAUUGUCGCUACUUACACUGGCGUCAGUUUAGAAGCAUUGGGAACGGGUGGGCGGGCCACCCUUGCUAUAGGAAUUAUCCUUCUCAUGCUGGAGGCAAUUGUCUUCUUUCUUGCUCCAUACACGAUCUUCGAGCUCUACCGCGGCGAGUUUUGGUUUACCCAGGCCAUAUUCAUUGGUAUUGAGGGUAUCCCGGCCAACCUAGGCUGGGUAGAACGUAACCUCUUCGGUUUGAAUCAGGGACGGUUGAAGUGGAGCAUUGCGGGAAGCAUGUUGUCGCGACACAAACUCUCGGCGUAUGAUGAGUGCGAGGCUCUCCCACCAAAAGAGAGCAUCCCUGCAUUAAAUCCCACAAACAGAAACAAGACGAAUUACACAAAUGGGGAGGGGAGGCCAUUUACGCUGAUCGAUACAUACACGCGUACAGCGACGGUGUCUUAUGCACGAGCGGUGCUUUUCUCGUAUGACUGGCAGAGAGGCACAUUUUUGAGGGAGGCUGUGGUGCGGGCGAAGACGAUUGUGCUAGAGAGGAUGUUUAGGGUUGACCGCUUCCGAUUUGCCCUUAGCCGAAAAAUAUGGGAGAAGAGUCCAGAAUCGUUACAUUCAGAUUCCGAGACAGGCUCGAGCGACGUGCAGCGGAGAGGGUUCCUAGAGGACCAAUGUGAUGCUGGUUAG